AUGAAGAGAAAUGAGAGCAAGACAAAUCAUGUGUCUGAAAAUAGCUAUGAUAGUAAUCAAGGAACCGAUUCUUUUCCAAAUACAUUACAAAAUGAUAAUGAACUAAGCAACAAUGGUGUGAACGAUAAGCAGAAGAAUUUGAAUUUUCAGGUUGCAAAUAUUGAUGAAAAACUCUCACAGAAUAAUUCAUAUUCUCAAGAUGUAUUCACCGACAAACAACAAGACUUACAGCACCAUAGUCAAUCAAGCAAACAUGAAAAUUAUCAAUCAAACAUUGGGUACUACCGAAAUGAUAAUUAUCAAUCAAACAGUGGGCACAAACGAAAUGAAAAUUAUCAAUUAAACAGUGGGUACUACCAGAAAGAAGAUUAUCGAUCAAACGGUGGGAACUACCAAUAUGAAAAUUAUCAAUCAAACAGUGGGAACCACCAAUAUGAAAAUUAUAGAGGAGAUCAAUUUAAUGACGAGAAUAGAAUACAAUCAAAUAGUGAUGAUAGUAAUAUAAAUAUUGAUCUAUCUUUAUGCAUCACAUCAGUUUUUCAUGUUUAUUUGCCAGCAAACGUAGACACCCUGCAACCCGCAGUUGUUGGCAGUUGUCUCACGUUGGGCAAUUGGAAAGAACCUAAGGUUUUACUUAAGAAGAUUCAAAAUUCGAAUCUUUGGGUUUCUGAUCCUGCGCUCAUUCCGACAAACUUAGAGGUUGAAUAUAAAUAUGGUCUAUUUCGAACUCAGAAGAAAUACAUUAUAAUGGGUAAACCUGUUUAUGAACUUGAGUGUUUUGAAGGCCAUGGAAAAGGCAACAGGAAAAUGAUAUUCCGCAAAAACCAUUAUGAUAUUUGGCAGAGUGCCAGUGAAUAUAGGAUCAACAUUAUUGAUUUGAGACAUGACUAUCUCUUUGUCGAAUACAUUUACCGUUAUGUUGAGUCUCUUGAUGGCUUAAAAGAUAGAAUUAUGGAGUAUCAACAUAUUUAUAAGGAACAUAGAGAUCAGACUGUCCGUGCAACAAAUAUCGAUUUUAUUGCGGGAAAAUUGAGAAAUAGUACCUCAAGAGAACAAAGGAUUUUCUUAUGUAUUCUUCUUGGAUAUUACUUACUUCAGGGAGAUAAAAAGAUGAUAAAUGGCAUUUAUUUGCCCGAAAAUUUCCCGUCAAGGAUUAUAUUAGAAAAACUUGAAGAAAUUGAACCUGAUUUAAUACUUUCUGACACUAGGCACUUGAUCGUUAGUGCAAUUAGAACAUUAGUACAGCACAAUUCUAAAUAUGGUUUUACAACUUGGUUCAAAGUGUUCGCAUUCGCACGUGAACUCGAUACAACAUAUUCUUUUGUGGAUAUGAUCGAAUGGUAUAAUUACAAGAGUAAAUCUGACGAAUUUGGCAAGCUAUUAAUGGAAGACGUAAAACCGUAUAUGAAGGGGGCGUUUAACAGAAUUACAAAUAAACUUAUCUGGCUAUCUUAUGAUCUAAAGUGUCUCAUAUUCGUGUGGACAAAUGUUAUCGAAUUAGAAAACACAGACAGAUCUAUUCUCAAAACUUUGAAAGAUAAAAUAAAUGAAUUCAUAAAACAUGACCAGCCUUUUGACUUAAAGAAGCACUUUGAUGAAUUUUCGAUAGAUAUUCAAAGUGAGGUUGUACUAAUCUUCCAAGGAAAAGUUUUAAAAUUGUUAAAUGAAAAGGGAUCGUCUUGGAGCAAUCCGAAUAUAAAUUCUAUCAUAGACCUUCUUCAAAAUCCUAAUUUACAAUGGUCAGAGAAAACCUAUACUCAAGCUCUCGAAGCCAUAUCCGAAUCAAAUCAAAUGGAAUUGCUUGAUAUUUUUCCUCGAGUUCUAAAAUUUGUAUCUGAAUUAGACUUAGCUAUUACCAGCCAGUCAAUUUUUACAACAUCGAUUAAAUGGUUUAAGCAAAAUUGCUCAAUCUAUUCCAUUAAUACUUCUAAAGUUCAUUCUGUAAAUAAUCAAGGAAAAAUCGCCUAUACAAUUUUCCACAACCUUUCUGUUAUAUAUCCACUUAUUGCAAAGCGUCCAAAAAUUUGGGAUAAACUAAAAAGUCAUGCAAGCGACAUUGUUGCAUCAUUAUCAGAUGAUGUUUUAUUUUCCGUUUCAACUUUUGCUGAUGAUUUUGAUCAGGAGGUUAUAUAUUACCUUGAAACGUUAAUGAAAAUAAGGAUUAAUUCUUCUAUUCAUGAACUUGAUAAUCAUUUAUUUAAAAAGAUCAUGCAAUUUAGUGAUCGUGAUUUAGGCAUGAACCUGCCAAAUAAAUUUUGUGAGGAAAUGAUGUGCCACAUUUUUAGUCGAUUGCAGCAACAGACUGACAAGAAAUAUAAUGAUGAAGCAGCACACCAGCUUUCAUUUCUUGAAUUUUCAAAAUUUUGGACGCUUAUAUUUAAAGCAACUGGCUUCACUCAAUUACUACAUUCUCAUCUAUACGUUCAAACCGCACGAGAUACUGCGAUACUAUUAGCAAAAAUGAUUCGCGAGAAUUCGAUUACUAUGGGUUUACUUCAAGAAAUACUCGAAUACCCUAACUCUAUACUUAAAAAUUAUAUCAAUUCUGCUGUGAAAAAUAUCGAAAAUCUCAAUAUUAAUGAUGAAAUCCUUGAAGCUUUACGUGCUAACUAUAAAGAUUAUGAUUUAACAUUUACUCGCCUAGAUGAAUUUUACACAAUAUUCUGUUCUUCAUCCUUAAUACAAGACGUGAAAUCAUAUUAUGAUGAUUUACAAAUAAGGCGCAAUGAAGCAAAUACAGUCACUCUUGAAGAAUCAGAUUCUCAAGAUUAUUGGUUGAUUCACGUUGCAACAAUUGCUAUUAUGAAAUCUUCAUAUUACUUAAUUCGGUCACAAACAUUCAAAAAUAUUUUCCAAAAAGUAUUAAAGAUGGAUGAACGAGAAUUAGUUUUGGAAAUUGUGAUCAAAGAAAUCAUUCCAAAAACAAUUGAGCAGUAUAAUCUUAUAUGCAAAAGAUAUGAAACGUGGGAAGACAUCAACUUUUCUGAUGCAAAUGAGCUAUGGCAAGGAAUUGGGCAAAAUCAGAUUCAUGAUGAGAUUAAAUUUGUUGCCUCUAACUGCAAUCGAAUCACGAAAACUAACGAGAAGCAACGACUGGCAAAUACAGUGAAUCAUUUAUCUGAUGUUUCAUUAUGGAUGGGGAGACUAAAUAAACUUAAUGAUGUAAUUAAAAUUUUGGAAAUUCCGUGUAAUUCAACUCAUUGGGUGACGAAAUAUUUGAAUCGUUUAGAAAGUAAAGAGCUGACGCUUGGACAGUUACAUAAAAUAUUUGAAGACUUAAAUAAUAAUUGUGUAAAAAAACUAAAGUUGACAGAUGAUUGUUGGUCGAUAAUAAAGGAAAUAGCUUCUGCAGAAGAUUUCGUGGAUUUUCUAAAAUCCUUAGUUGGUCAUGAUCUUAAAAAUUUAAUUAAUGGUGUAGACGAUCAUUCUGAUGAAAGAUUGAUUCAAGAGGAUACUGUUUCAACAUUUAUACAAUUGAAACAAAUUAUAGAGCCUUUAUUAAAAAAGAGCAAUGAUUCAGCUAUUCUUGCAGUAGAUAAAUUCUUACGGAAUCUCCUUAAUAUUUCUCUAAAAAAUCCAUCCCUGGCCUCCAAGUUAAGACUUUGUUAUGCAAAUGCUCAAGCACUAAAGAAUAUGUAUGAUAAUAUCUCAAAUCGAGGAGAAGUGACAAAAGAAAAGAUUUAUCACGCAGUAACAAAGGGAGAAUAUUUAUUCAUGAAACCGAAUUCUAAUGAAUACAAAUGCACUGCGACUUUAUCGUAUUCUUCCAAUAAUUCAAAAGGAAACGUUGAAUACACCUUUGCUGACUUACAAGAUUUGCGUGGACGUGCUCUAUUGAUUGCAAAAACACCCGUAAAUUUAAAGGCUUUGAAAGAUAAUGAAGUUACUACUAACGAGAUAACCUCUGAUCAUAUGAAUGAAUUCGUUAUUCAAGUUGAUCUUGCACAACAGAUAAUAAACACCGCCUCGCAGUUAAUAGAGCUUGGUCAUUUUACUUAUCGAAACUUUAAAGCGUCAACUAAUUCUACGAUUCAAAUGGAAGAUUUUCUUCAAGAGUUGAUAAAAGAUUAUCAAUUAUGGGAAGAAAUUUUCACAAGGGCACAGGAAAAGCAUUACUAUUUGGUCUUUUAUCCUGCUCGACAUAUUAUGACCUUUUAUUAUUAUUUUUCAAACAACGGAGAUGAUAAUGCAGCCAAAUUUAAAAUUAAAGAGCAGUGUUCAAUGCUUUUGAGAUUUGUCAAUGAUAAAGCCGAGCUUCCUAAUAUUGAAAAUGAUUUCAACAUUCCUUGCGAGCCUGAUAAUUAUUUUGAUAUUCUUUGUGCGAUCGGCAUCAAGUUGUAUAAUAUUUUUGAAAAGGUCCCAACAAGAAAGCGUUUAAUGACAGUUCCCGUUGAACGAAACCUGGAAGAUAGAGUCAAUUCUGGCCAACUCUACAUCGCGACAUGUAAUGACAAGUUUCGGGUGCCAAAUAUAAUAAUGUCCCUAUAUAAUAUGCAUAACAAAUGUUUUCCAGAAGCAUGGCAGCUUCUAAUUUGCAAAUCUUCAACCACCGCAGAAGAACUCUUGAUUUUCAUCAAGCGGUGUUUUUUUGCUGGAAAGAAUGGCUAUGGGGAACAUUUGUUUAGCAUUGCCAAUGUGGAAUCCUUAGAUUUUGAAUUGCAAUAUCAAUUAGUGACAAAUAUACGUUCUUUAUGCCAACAAGAAAACCAGUUUCACUUGGCUUUGAUAUGUUGUCGCGAAAAAGGCAUGCAUCAUCAUAUAUUAGAUCAGUUUUCUGAAUACGUUCACGUAACUAAAGGUCUUAGCGCAGACUUAAUGCGUAGCAUAUAUAAAAUAUUGUGUCCAGAUGUGGUAACGGUAUCUUCCGAUUUAUCUGGGCAAGGAAAAACUGAAUGGAUUAAAGAACAAAGUUUUGAACGUGGUUUAUUUCCACGAAAUUUCUUAAUCAGCGAUGGGGCAACAUUUGAAAACCUCGCGCGGAAAUUAUCUGCGGUCAAACUCAGUAAAACGGAAUGUUUACAUUUAAAUAUUAUGCUAAUAGAUCAACCCUAUGAAGUAAACAUGUUUUUAUUCGAGCUCCUUUCGUUUGGAUGUGUUAAUGACAUCAAUUUUACCUAUAUACCAUCUACUAAUGUCUUUAUUGAAGUUACAUCAACUACGGAUCAAUAUUUACUUAAUUCGCUCCCAAUUACUGGAUAUUUAACAAAAAAACACCUGACAUGGAAUAUUGAUAAUCUUAUUGUUUCUCAUAUCGGAAACAGCCCAAUUCAAAUAGUUGCAAAAUACCUAGAUGAGUAUGAACAAGGCAUGAUAAAUAAAGUAGAUAUCAGCUUUAAGAAACAAAACAAGCAGCCGCUCCCAUAUAAACGCUGUCAACAGCUGUUGCAAAAAUAUUUCUUUGAAAAUAAUACGAAAGACAUCGCAUCAUACCGUUUUCUUGAAAUAUUCAUUAAUGUUCUUGCUGAUCAACUAGUUCGAAUGUCAUCUAGUACAUUUUUCCGUGUAGAAAUGUUGGAAAAGAUGGUUGAAGAUAAGAAUAUUCGAAAAACAUUACUAGAAACUUUGUUAAAAGUUUCCAUGGACUUUGCCACUCGUUCUGUGGACUCAAAGACUGAACAAUUGAAAAAUAAAAAUUUAUUUGAAGGAAAAAACAUAAACAUGGGGGACAUUAAACAUUGGGAGGAUUCAAAUCAUUUGUUGGUAUUUUUCUUGUCACAAACACCUGAUUCUAUCUGUGCUCUCUAUCGUAACAGAGCCAUGGUUCCAGAGAAUGUUAAGAACCUAUUAAAAAGCCAACAUAUUCCUGUAUCAAAAACUAAUGCAAAUAUUCCAUUUGAAUUAGAUGACUUUGAUAAAAUGUCGUCCGAAAAUAUAUUAAUUAAAUUGGAAUGCCUAGCGCGUGUUACGCUCGAAAAACGAAAUUAUCCUAUGUAUGCUCUUUCUACGGACAAUCUUUUAAAAAUGGCAUUAAUUCUAUUGCGAUCUAGGGCAAAUAUUCCAGUGGUUUGUUGUGGUGAAGCAGGAUGUGGCAAGACAAGCUUAGUUCAAUUUCUUUCAGAAGUCGUAAAAGUAGAAUUUCGAGCACUUAACCUCCAUGCGGGUGUUAGCGAACAGCAAAUACUUGAAUUUAUGCAAAGUGCGGAAGAAAUUGCUCAGCACCGUGAAGUUUGGUUAUUUUUUGAUGAAAUAAACACCUGUAAUCACAUUGGGCUUCUUGCAGACCUCAUUGCUCAUCGAAUUCUACUUGGAAACGAAAUUCAUCAAAACAUUCGUUUGUUUGCGGCUUGCAAUCCUUAUCGAUUACGUCAAAAAUCUGAUACGCAAGCAGGUCUUUUGGCCAAAAGAUACGAAGAACAAAGUAGACUAGCAUAUCAAGUACAUCCACUUCCGGACCAAAUUUUAGAUUAUGUGUGGGAUUAUGGAGUCUUAAAAGCGUCCGAUGAAAAAAUUUACAUUAACAUAAUGGUCAAAAAAUUCUUACAAAAUUUAGGAGCUGAAUUAUUCGCAGAGCUUUUAGUUGCAUCACAAGAGUUUAUUCGAAUUAAUGAGGGAGUGCAUAGUGUUAGUCUUCGAGAUGUCAAACGAGCCAUCAUCCUGGUCAAAUUUUUUAACAAUAGCUUUAAAAAUCCACAUCGAAAAUCUUUAUUUGGAUGGAACGGUCCGGACGAUAUUACAAGGUCUUAUAUAUUAGCAUUAAGCCUUUGUUACCAAAUUCGUUCAUUUGACCGAAAAAUACGUACACAAUAUUGUGAGAAAAUGUGUGAAAUUUUUAAUAAGUUUAGAGGUAACAAAUUUAAAGCGAUAAAUCCGGAUAUAUUUAAAGAAAUAAUUCGCAAGGAACAGGAAGAUUAUAUGUCAAGAAUGACGAAGCCACCACAAACUGCUGAAAAUGAUGCACUCCUUGAGAAUGUAUUGGUAAUGAUCGUAUGCAUAUUGACGCGCAUUCCGGUAUUUAUAAUUGGCGCACCAGGAGCGUCAAAAUCCCUGGCCAUUCGUCUUGUUAGUCAAAACCUUCGAGGAUCUGAUUCUGAUGAUCCUUAUUUCAGAGGGCUUCCUCAAGUUUAUGUAAUUCCACACCAAGGUUCGUCGUCGUCAACAUCUGAUGGCAUCGUCAAAGUAUUCGAUAAGGCUAAUAACUAUCAAAAGGAAAGUUCAGAUGAAUUUCCAUUAAUAACAGUUGUCCUACUUGAUGAAAUCGGAUUGGCAGAGACAAGCCCAUAUAAUCCAUUGAAAGUUUUACAUUCCUUACUUGAACCUAGUUAUCCUGCGGAGCUUCCAAAUGUUUCCGUCAUCGGAAUCAGUAAUUGGAGACUUGACAAUUCUAAAUCGAGCAGAGCUUUAAUAGUUCAAAGACCAAAAUUUGAACAAAGUGAUCUCAUUGAUACUGCAAAACGGCUAUUAGAAAAAAAUAAAUUGAAAACUUGGAAUAGUUUUCGUAGUGAAAAGCUUCAAGCGCUGGCAAUCUCCUAUCUCGAAUAUGAAAAAAAUCAACCAAUUCCUAAUUUUCAUGGACUACGAGAUUAUUAUUCUUUUAUUAAAAGCCUUAACAAUGGAGAUGUACAAAAAGUGCUUGGCACAGAAUUUGAUGAAAGCCUGGAAUUAAACUUUGAAGAUUUCUUAUUGGAGCAAGUAUCAGAGAUGAUGAUGGAAGAUCUUUGUAAUGUCAACCUAGACGAUCAAACGGAUGACACAAUUUAUACACAAAAUCACCUUCAACUUUGGCAGAGUAAAGUUACAAAUUUUUUAUCACUAUCUAAUAAAUUAUCGAGCUCCUUUGAUAACCCGACAUUACUUAAACUACGCGUAUAUAAUGAUUUAUCGAAAUCACUACCUUUCGCGAAACUUAUCGAAAUUAGAAAUUUCGAAUCGGAAUUAGGCAAUGAAGACAUGUUUUCUGAACAGUUUAUAGAAAUUGUAUUUGAAAAAUUAAAUGAAAUGGAGCAAACGGAACAAAAUCUGUCAACUAGAAGAUCUUUUGUUUAUAGGUGUUUAGGAGUACUCGAAUAUGAUUCACCUGUUCGCCUUAAUUUCUACAUGAAAAUUUUUUCCCAAGAUCCAUUGCCUUUAACAUUUGUUACUAUUUACAACAUAUUCUACAUUGAAACUUUGGAAAAAGAUGAUAUAUUCCUCAAUUUGAUUGAUAAUCCACUCGAAUAUCCAUUUCGUAAGAUCACUACCAAUGAUGACAAUACUAAACUAUUUAUAUCUUCAGUUAUUGCGCAUGUUGUAGCGUUGCAUAUUUCAAUUCCGGUCAAUGCUUCUCCAUUGGCUGCAUACAUGCAAAAUUUACCAAAUUACGCGAAUACUUUUAUAUUAACAUGUCCAUCUAAUGAGCAAUCGGUGUUACUUAAUUUAUUGAUUGCUGAGACGUUACAAGAUCCAGAAUACAACUAUAAAGGACUUACAAGAUAUGUAUGUCCUUGUGGAUAUAUUUAUGUUGUUGUUGAUUGUGGAAAUGUAGCAAAAGAAGAAAGCAAAUGCCCUACUUGUAAAAACGUGAUUGGUGCUGUAAAUGGACAAUAUGGUAAAGCUGCUCAGGGAACUAUUCGUCUGGAUGAGAAACCUUUAAUACAAACAGUCAAUGACCAGGAUGAGCAAGGAAUCCUCCAUCUAUUUGUACAUGCCAUAAUUGGUAUACAGGCGCCUUCGGAUAUUGUCACAGACUUUAUUACAAAUAAAAAGAAUGUAAAUGAAGUCGGUGAUAUAAUAAAUUAUUGUGAAAGACAUAUAAAUAAUGAUUGGGAAACAUUGAAAAAUAUUUUAGCCUGCGGGGAUGAACAUUUAUCGCUGGUUAUUCAUUCCAUACUUUCAGAGAUGUCACAAGAUAACCUACAGGUAGUCGAAAAAUUUACGACACCUAUUCAAAGAGAAGCUUGGGAAACACAGUUUAGCCAGCGUGAUCUAAUACAGCAAGAUAUUAUGGAAUCAAUCGAUCUUGACCAAGAACAACAGACCUCAAAAUCUGCAACUGCUACUAAAAUUCCAGCAAAGGCAUUUAUGAUAGCUCUGAAAAGAUUUGUCAUAAGAUAUUUGUCUAAUAAUGCCCGAGAAUUAUUUACUGAAAAAUCUCCUUUAUCAUCUUAUCUUGUUGAUAAUGAUUCUCUUGAAUGCUGGCCCGAUAACGUUUCUAAAGAUAUUAUUAUUGAUAAAUUUCCAAAAUCAUUAUAUAUUUCUCAUGCCUUUGCAACCUACCAAUUAAUUAAAAAGGAAAUAGAG